AUGUUUAUGCAUAUAGUGGAAUUAUUCCUGAAAGUAGUUUUUGCUAAAGAAAUGAUGAGUACUAAUAGAGAAUUAAAAGUUUAUGAAGUUUGUUAUGGUGGAAAUUCAGAGAUGUUAAAUAAAAAAUUUCAAACAUUUUAUAAGAAUCAUUUCUUUGGGAUAUUAGGUGUUUCAUAUAAAAGUAAUGAAGAUAAUCUUGAAGGAAUUAAUGAAAAUGAUGAAUUAAUGGAAGAGAUAGAAGAAAAUGAAGAAGAAGAUAAAAUAAAUGAAAUGUUUAAGGAUGAAAUUAAUGAACAAAAAAUACAACCAACUUUAAGUUAUUUAAUUUGUACAGACUCAGAAUUUGCAACUGAGGAAUACUUCCCUUCUCCAUUCCAAUUAGUUUUACCAUUAAAUGUUCAAUUACCACAACCAAUGGUUAUUUAUAAAACUAUUUUAGCACUUUUAGCUAUUGCCAUUCCAGUUAUUACUGAUGUAUUAAAUGCUGCUCCUUUUGUUGUUGCAGCAUUUGUUUUUGUAUUUAUUUUAUUAGUGACCAAUACUAUUACAAUUAAAGAUCUAUUUAAAGCAGUUGAUGUCCCAUUAAUCUGUAUUCUUGGUGCUUCAUUUGGGUUAGUUGAAGGAAUGGUAAAGACUAAUGUUGGUGCAUUAUUAGCUCGUUCACUAACAAGAGCCUUCUUACCUCUUGGUAAAUUCGGUAUUCUUUCUGCGUUAGUUAUUCCAACAAUGUUACUCACUCAAUCAUUAAGUAAUGCUGCAGUAUUUGCAUUAAUGUUCCCUGUUGUUUGGGAAACUUAUUGGGGAACUGAUCCAACUGGACUAGAACGAGGUAGAGUAAUUGGAUUAAAAAGUUCAAUGUAUGCAGUAAUGAUAGCCACAUCUAGUGUAUUUUUAUUACCAUUUGGUUCCAAUAAAACAUUGAUGAUCAUGAAAAAAGGAAAUUAUAAAAUUAAAGAUUUUAUAAUCUUUGGUAUUCCUUUAAUGAUUUUGUCAUUUGUUUCAGCUGUUGGUUUAUCUUAUUUAUUCUUUGAAGUAGUUUGGCCUGAUAACUAUUAA